AUGGCUCCCCUUUCUUUUCUGUCUCGCUUCGGUGCUCGCAAGGCCUCUGACGCGGAGAGUUACGCCUCUCUCCUCAAGGACACUGGAGAAGCAUCCUCAGGCCCCCGAGGUAUCUCAAACAAGCGGCAAUCCAAACUUACACCACCCCCCACCAAAGCCGACUCCGACGAACUGUCGGAAGCAAAGCCGAGACCAGCCACACCAACCAUCCUGCCUUUGAUCUUUGUGCUCACUUCUUCGUCGGUUUCAAGCCUGGAUCUUGGUUUGCCUCUUUGCCCGGCACCCAAAACCGUCAGUUCGCCACGAAUCUCUGUGGCUGAAGGUGUCUGGGUUGGACACUCUGCUCGCGAGAGCAAGAUGACACCUUCUGACGAGCACGGUGUCGAGGCGAAGAAGGCAGGCCUCCAUCUGGAGGUUAUGGGAGGCGGAGAAGUGGGCACAAGGGACAGAGACGGGGUGGUUGGUGUGCUGAUGAUGAACGCCAAGAAGGCGUUUCUGGGCGUGAACUUGCGCAAGGCCAGCGAUCCCGAGUUAUACCACGAGAACCCCGACCUCCCCAAGCGGGGGGAAUCCAACAAGAGUACCGACCUGGACUCAUUCCUGGAUCGCCUCCGCCUCGGCGACAAAGGUGGCAAAGACGCCAGAUCGCACGAAGCAUAUACCGCCCUUGGAUCCGAUGACGGCGAGGACGAAGAUGACCGCCAUUUGGCCCCUUCUGCCCCUGAGGACGAUUUUACUACAACUCUGGACCGGGAGGACUACAAGAAAGCCCUUGAUAUUGAGUACAAGAAAGCACGCGCCUUGCUAGUUGACAACGAUGACGAAGAAGAGAGGGCCAAGAGAGCAUUUCGUCAGGCGUACUACAAGAAGAAAGCACUCGCUCACCGACAGAAAGCUGGCCUGGCUGGCGAAGACGGCUGUGCCGAUAUCCCCUUCGGUGCGACCAGCAGCAAGACAAAGCCACUUUCCCAGCAAGAAAACGCCAACGAAUACGUGGACGUGGACGAUGAGUGGAAGCCCUAUCUUCCAGAGAAGGACGAUGACGAGUGGGAAUUCGAGUAUUAUAUGUCCUUGAAGCCUGCUGAGCCAUGGUCGCCAAUUGACGAGUACUGA